AACCAGCAUGGUUAUCUCAAUAGUCUGAUUUCAUUGUCUGCAUCUUGCGUUGUUUUCCAGCUCUUGUUUGCAAACAUUUCAUGACUUUCAACAAGCUACUGGAACUUGGCGUGCCCUAUCCGAAUCCUGUAUAUAACCAUAUGAAAUCGUCUCUCAUCCGAACUUCAACCUGAUUCUGAUCCAAAACUAUUAUUUACCAAAACUCAAAUCAAAAUGACUGCUGGUCGAUCUCAAGCUCGGGUCUACGCUGAUGUCAACGAGAAGUUUGGAAGAGCCUGGUGGGAUUACGACGGCUUAUCUGUAUCAUGGGGUCAACAGGAUAACUACGAGAUUGUGAGAAAAGUUGGACGAGGGAAAUAUUCAGAAGUUUUUGAAGGUGUCAAUAUUGCUAACGAUGAUAAAUGCAUCAUCAAAGUCCUUAAACCGGUCAAGAAGAAAAAAAUCAAACGUGAAAUCAAAAUCCUUCAGAAUCUGGCUCGUGGUCCGAACGUGAUUAGCUUGUUGGACGUCGUGAGAGAUCCGCAGUCCAAAACCCCUUCUAUCAUUACAGAGUAUAUCAACAACACGGACUUCAAAGUCUUGUAUCCCAAAUUCACCGACUUUGACGUUCGUUUUUACAUCUCCGAGCUUCUGAAAGCCUUGGAUUUCGCGCAUUCUCGAGGAAUCAUGCACAGGGAUGUCAAACCUCACAAUGUCAUGAUUGAUCAUGAUCGACGUCAGUUGCGUCUUAUCGAUUGGGGUUUGGCAGAAUUCUAUCACCCUAAUACGGAAUACAAUGUACGAGUGGCAUCAAGAUACUUCAAGGGCCCAGAACUCUUGGUGGACUUUCAAGAAUACGAUUAUAGUUUGGAUAUGUGGAGUUUAGGCUGCAUGUUCGCGUCAAUGAUAUUUCGCAAAGAGCCAUUCUUUCAUGGCCAUGAUAACUACGAUCAACUUGUCAAGAUAACCAAAGUUUUGGGUACUGAUGAGCUGUAUGUUUACUUGGAAAAGUAUGAUAUCGAGCUGGAUGCGCACUACGAUGAGAUCUUGGGUCGAUAUCAGAGAAAGCCAUGGAGUCGAUUCUUGACCACUGAAAAUCAACGCUACAUUUCGAACGAAGCUAUUGAUUUCUUGGACAAGCUUCUUCAAUAUGAUCAUCAGGAACGUCUGACUGCAAAGGAAGCUAUGUCGCACCCUUACUUUGAUCCUGUUCGACAAAUGCAAGAUUGAUGUCGGCUUUCAAUCCGGAGACAGAGGUUCAAGGAAGGUCUUGAACGAUCGACUUUUCCAUAUGCAUACAGCCAAUUUGAUAACGAUCAGUGAAUUGCUGAUGCCUGUAAAAUAUGAAUACGCCCCCCAAAGGUUGCAUUUGUGUACAAUAUUGACUAUCGCUAACUAAGUUAUGAAAGCGGUAGUCCAUCUACAAUGUAUACGUUGUGCCAUUGCGGAUCAGGCUUCGUCAAUGACUGAUGUGUGAACCAUACAAAUUGGCUUGUCUCGCAAAGGAAAUGUUAAGAAGAUUGUUUUAAAACUUCGCUCCGAGCCUGUUAUGAGCCAAAUUCUGUCUCAAGAAAGUCGUCCAGUUUGGUGGAAGAUGAAUAGUCUGAUUAUGUAGUCUUUGAUUGAGUGAUUUAGGAAUUAAUUCAAGCCUAUG